CGCAGGCUGCCUUGUGCUUCUGUCGGGGGGUCUCUGGGUCGGAGGGGCCCGCGGGCGAGGCCUUGGGCUGGGCGGUGGGGAGGGGGCUGCUCGCCGAGAUCGCAUUUGGGGCUUUGUACCCGCAGGGACUUGCGGGGGCACCUGUGGGGCCGAGAUCCGGAGCCACCUGUCCGCAGAUCCCCUUCCCCCAAUGCCCUGCGCUGUAUCCAGCUGUCCCCAGACCUAGGCCUUUAUCAGUCUCUGGCGACGGGAAUUUCUUUGGGGAGCGUUAGAUUUUUGUGUGAACGAUCGUUUCACUAUUGUGGCGCAACAGUUGUGUGAAUCUGGGCAGAUUACGCCGUCGUUAUUACGUGCCCCUGAGAAGGCCCUUUGCAGCUCCUAACGUUAUCCGUCGCGAUGAUUUUGCAGCGCGGUGAAGACAUGCAUUACGAGAUGCUGGCUUGCAAAGAACUAAAACGUUUUGUUUUUUUUUUUUAAACCCCCCAGAACGGAAUUGUAUUUAAUUUGUUUUACAGCAGUUAUAUACUAUCAGGGGGGAACCCCCCCCCCGAAAAAGCCCAUAGCAAUUUCAUCCUCAAGGGAGUCAGUAUUAACAAUUAGGGAUGUUUGCCAGGACUGAUUCAGCUGAUGUAAUACCUGCUCUUUCCUACUCAAGAGGCUGGUUUAAUUGAUUUAUUUUCCCCGUAAGCGUGGAAGUUAGAAAGUCAGAGUUUCUUACAAUAAGACGUAACAGUUUGAGUUUUCCAGGACUGUAGCCGCUUGACUUUGGUCAUUCACCAUGCAGAGCCGACAAGGAUACUGCAGCUACUGCUGCGUGCGCUAUAAUAGCCUGGAACAGCACAUGGCCAGUCCCCAGCACAGAUACUUGACCACCCAGAAUCGACAGAGGAUGGGCACCACGAGCUUGAUGGAACGUUUCCUGCAGGAUGUGCUCCGGCACCACCCAUAUCAUUCUCAAGAAAACAGAUCAACCCAACAUGAGAGACUUCUUAUGAAUACUGCACCACCUCCUGAAGUGGUUCCUGUUGAUGAUUCUGUUUCUGAAGAAGCGACUGAGGAUGCCGCUGGCGUAAAAGGAGAGAGCUCCAGCAAGGGUUCUGAACCUAGUAAAGAGUUACAUGCUAGACCCGGCAAAUCUCAGGAAUGUAUACAGGGUGUUUCAGUAAGACCAUCAGUUAUUCAAAAACUGGAGAAGGGACAGCAGCAACCCUUGGGUUUCAUUCAGAAAAUUGGGAGUGGCAUGAAAGAAUUUAACCCAGUUGGUAUUGGUCAAGCUACACAUACUAGACCAAGCUUAAUAUGUCCGUCAGUGAUUUCUAGUGCUCCUGCUAGUUGUUUAGCUGGAAGUUCCUUUGACAGACCAGUUACAACUAAAACAACUAAGUUAGCAGCAGCAGCCAGUUCGGAUUCAGUCAGAAAAUGUGACCCAAACAAAGUUGACAGAUACCUUGAACAGCCAGACAGGGGCUCUAGAAAUCCUGUGCUGUCGUCCAAUCUAGAAACUUCAGUUUCAUAUCAGAAACCUAAAGAACCAAAUAGGAAAUCUUUAGGUACAAAUUCAGAUAAAUUGAUUAUACAGGAAGCUGUAAAAUCUCAGCGUAAAGCUUUGUCAGCUGGCGCUAAAGUCCGUGAAUUUAUGGGUACUGAAGGCUCCUUAAAAUCUGAAUCUCUUUCCAAAUUAGCUGUCAGCCAAGCAAUCAGCCUGAAUAAAAGUGGCAUGCCUUCUAAUAAGGGAACCUUUGAAGAUGCUACAGCAAAGCACCGUGAGAAAUUCCUUUCUGGUAUGGAUCAUACCCAAGAGGAAAAGCAUUUGGUUUUUAAUAAGUCAGCCUUUUUAGAACAGAAGAGCUCAGUGAUUUCUGCAGUGAAAUUUGCUCGUGGCUCUCUUCAGUCAGCAUCUGAUCAACCCGAAGAGACUGCACAAGACCUUUGGAAGGAGGAGCAAAUUGACCAAGAAGAUAAAAACUAUGAUUCGAGAGCUUCUGAAAUGAGUUUUGACUGCAGUUCCCCUCAUUCACUGACUGAUGAAUCUAAGGUGACUGCCAAAGAAGGACUUUCAAAGGAAGCGUACGCAGAUUUGCAGUGUAAGAGUAAGACAUCUUUCAUUUCUGUGGUGAGUUCGGAUCGUGAUGGCUCUCUUCCCUUGGCUACUAACCGAACUCAAGUAAUCGUUAAAGGUGUAAGUGCUCAGAAGGCAAAGCCUAUUAGCCUGGUUGAUGAAAGCUAUGAAUCUAGUGAUUCUGAGAUUAAUUUUGAAUGUGAUGCCUUACUUCAAUCAACUGAUGACUACCCCCAGCAACCUGCAAAAGAAGGAAACCUUCCUAAGGAGGAACACAUUGACUUGGUUGAUAAGAACUAUGGAUCUAGUAGCUCCGAAGUAAGUACUGAUUCUCCGUUUCCUCUUCAAUCAGUAGGUGACCAACUCCCAGUGGUUGUCACAGAAGCAAAACUUGAGAAGGUUCACAUUGGCUUGGUUGAUAAGAACUAUGGUUCAAGUUGUUCAGACACAAGUAUUGAUAACGAUGCUUCUCCUCAGUCUGUAGUUGAGCAUCCUCACCUGGUUGUCAAAGAAAGAAACAUAAAGGAUAGACAAGUCUAUCUGAAAGAUAAUAACCUUAAAUCCAGCAGUGCUAAAGGCCAUCUUGAUUAUGCUGUCUCCCUUGAGACAGUGACUGAUGAAUCUCAGAGGGCUGUUGAAGACAUACCCCUUCUGGAAGAGAAGAAUGAACCUGUGGAUAUGAACUAUGAUUCUCAUGGUUCUGAAAUGAGUUUUCACACUGAUGCUCGACUGGUGGCUGGCCAGUCUGGAGUAAUAGUUAAAAAAGUGAACGCUCGAGAAGUAGCUCUUGACCUGGAGGAUAAGAGUGUUAAAUCUAGCAAUUCUGAUCAAAGUUCUGAUUCUCGUGCUUCUCUUUAUCAGUCACCUAGUGAUCAGCGUGAAAUAAGUCUGAAAGAGUUAAAUGUUGACAUGGAAGUUAAGAGCUAUGGGUGCUCCAGUUCUGAGCUGACUUUUGAAUCUGAUCCCCCUGCUAUGUCGGGUACUGAACAUUCUGAGAUGGACAUGGAAGAAAUAAGAAAGAGGCACAUUAACUUGGAAGGUGAGCACUCUGGGUCAAAUAGUUCUGCAAUAACUUUUGACUCUGAUAUUCUUCUUCGCUCAGGAGUUGACCAGCCUCAAGUAGCUAUUUAUGUGGAAGAACCGAGUCAUCUGGAAAAUCAGACUAAUAAAUCUUGUGUUGCUGAAGUAACUUUUGAUUCUGAUAUACCUGUUCAUUCGGGGACUAAUCAACCUGAACUGGCUGUUAAAGACAUAAUCAUUCAGAAAGAAGAUUAUAUACACUUAGGGAGGAAGAAUGAUGAACCCAGUGGUUCUGAAAUAAGUUUGGAUUUUUAUGUCCCUUCUCAUUCAGUGACUGACCCUCCUGAAGUAGCUAUGGAAAAGCUAAAUCUUCAAAAAGAAGAGCAGAUAUACUUAGAAAAUAAGGACAAUGAGCCUAGUGGUUCUGAAUUAAGUUUGAAUUAUGGUAUUUUUCAUUCAAUAACUGGACAUUCUAACAAUCCCCUUAAAGAAAUGAAUCUUCAGGAAGAGCACAUACACUUGGGAAAUAAAGGUAAUGGGCCUAGUGUUUCUGAAAUCAGUUUGAAAUCUGACCUUUCUUACCAUUUAAUGACUGAUCAUCCUAACAUAGCUGUUAAAGAAAUAAGCCAUCAGAAGGAACACAUGUACUUACAAGAUAAGGAUAAUGCAUUAAGCAUUUAUGAAACGAGUUUGGUUCCUGGUGUCCAUCUUCAUCAGUCAGUGACUCACAAGCCUGAAACCGCUGUUAAAGAAAUGUGGCUCCAAAAAGAAAGGCAUGCUAAAUUCAAAAGUAAAAGUCCUAAAUUUGGUAGUUCUGCGACAGGUUCUGACAUCCCUCAUUAUUUAGUGACUGAACCUCAGAUAGCGGUCAAAGAAAUCAAUGUUCAGAAAGAACAUGUUCUAGAAAAAAAGAGUGAUAAAUACAGCAGUUCUGGAAUAAUGUUUGGUUCUCAUGUCCUUCCUCACUUAAUGACCGAAACGCCUCACAUUGCUGUUUUGAAGGAGGACCGUGUUGUCCUAGAAGGUCAGAGUACUGGAGCUAGAGGUUUUGCAGUAAAUUUGGAUACUGGUGCCCCUCUUCAUUCAGUCAUUGGCCAACCUCAGCUAACCCGCCUGAAGGAACAAAAUGUUCAUCUGGAAGAUAAAAACCAUGAAUCUAGUCAUUGUAAGAUAAGAUAUGAUUGUGGUGACCCUCAUCCGCUAUUGACUGGACAAUUUAGGGAAGUGGUUAAGAAAACAAAUCUGAGGAAGGAAGGGAAAGUUGUAAUGAAAAAUAAAAAGGUUCAAACUAAAGGUUCUAAAUUAAUACGCUCUUCUGGUGUUUCUCUUCAGCCUGUGGCUGAUAAACCUGAAGGGGCUAUUAAACGAGUAAACCCGGAGAAUGAAGGUCAUGUGAACGUGGAAGAUAAGAGCAGCCAAUGUAGUGGUUCUGAAGUGAGUUUGGAUUCUGAUUUCUUGGUUGAGUCAAUAAUCGAUCAACCUCAAGUAACUGUUUUGGAUCAGGACCAUACUGAGCUAGUAGAAGAUAAGCAUAGUCAAUCUGGUGGUUCUGAAAUGAGUUUUGAUUCUGAGGAUCCUCUUCAGUCAGUGGCUGAGCAGGUUAGAGAAACUGUUAAAGAAAUAACCCUUUGGAAGGAUGAAGUUGAGGUGGAAGAUAAGAGGGAUGAAGCUAAUGUGGAAGAUAAGAGGGAUGAAGCUGAUGUGGAAGAUAAGAGGGAUGAACCCAAGGGUUUUGAAAUGAUGUAUGAUUCUAAUGUCCUUUAUCAGUCAGUGGCUGCCCAAACUGAAGAAGUCGUUAAGGGGAUGAACCUUUGGAAGGAGCACGUUGACAUGCAAGGGAAGAUUGUGGAACCUAGUGAUCCUAAAAUAAAUUUUGAUUCUAAUGAACCUCCUCAGUCUGUGCCUAAUGAAAUUCAAGAUGCUAUUGCAGAAAUAAGUCUUCUGAGGGAAGGACAUGUUUGUCUGGCUGAUAAGGACUAUGAACCCAAUGAUUCUGAAAUAAUUUAUGUUUCAAAUGUCCCUCUUGAAUCAGUGGUUGAGCAACCACACCUUUUGGAAGGGGAACAUGCCAGUUUGGAAGAUAAGAGCACUAUCGCUUGUCCUGAAAUAACUUUCAUUUCUGAUGAUCAUCUUCAGUCAGUGGCUGACCAGCUUCAAAAAUCUGUUAAAGAAGUCAGUCUCUGGAAGGAAGACCAUAUUUACUUGGAAGAUAAGAGCUACAAACUAGGUGACUUCGAGGUAAGUUAUGAUUCUGAUGUUCCUGUUCCCUUUGUGGUUGAUCAGUCUCCUUUGGCUGUCAAAGAAAUAAACUUGCAAAAUGACCUAGAAAAUAAGAGCUGUGGACCUAGUGUUUUUGAAAUAAAAUGUGAUUCUGGUAUUCAUUUGCAGUUAGAAGUUGACCAGUCUGAAGUGGUGUGCAAAGAAAUAGAUCUUCCAAAAGAAAGGCAUCUUGGCAUGGAAGUAAAGACCAGUGAACCUAGUGAUUCGGAAUUAAUGUGUGAUUCUGAUGUCCCUCUUGAAAUAGUGGUUAAUGAACUUCAAGUGUCAGUUAAAGAAGCAAAUCUUAGAAAGAUGCUCUUUGUGGACCUGGUGACCAGUGAUAGUGAUUGUGAAGUGAUUGCGGAGUCUGAUAUGCCUUUUCAGCCAGUGAUUGACUCACCUGACAUGACUGUCAAAGACAUCAAUUGUAUAAAUACGGAAGGCUAUGAUCUAGAAGGUGAAUGCUGUGACUCUUGUGGUUCUGAAAUAGGAUAUGUUUGUGAAGCCUCUCCACAGUCACUGGCAAACCAGUGCAAAGAGACUUUCAAAGUGGUAAACCAGAAGAAAGACUAUAUCAUUCUGCAGGAGUCAAGCUGUGAGUCUUACGGUUCUGAAAUAAAUUUUCAAAUCGACCCCCCAGAUCGGUCUGUGACUUACUCGUCACAAGAAUCCGAUAAAGAAAUGGUGAAAAUUAUUGACUCAGAAGAGAAGAGUUGUGAAUCGGAUAGUCCUAAAACAGAUUUUAAAUGGGAAGACGAUGCUGAGCCAAUGGCUGAGCAGCUCCAGGAAGAAGACAAAGGAAUCAACAUUCGUCAAAGGAAAGGUCUAGAAACCAUUGGCCGAAAAGAAAAGCACUGUGAAGCUACUGUUUCUGCAGUGCGUUGUAGUGCCUCUUCUGGGUCAGCAGUCCAUCAGAGGGCUAGCAAGGGAAAGAUUUUGAAGUUAAAACAUGCAGAUCCAGAAAGUAUGAGCUGUGAACCAUGUGGUUCUGGAAUGAGUUUCCAGUGCUCUCUUCAGUCUGAUGCUGACCAGCCUCAAGAAGCCGUUAAUAAAACAGGACUCUACAAGAAGAUGACUCUGGACCCAGAAGAAACAAACCGUGAUUCCCACCCAACCUCUAUUUUCAUAGUUGAUCCUGCCAGGAACCUGGAAAAGGUAAAGGAGGUCAUAGAAGAUGAUCCUGAUGAACCUGUCCUUGAAGCCUUGCCUCAUGUCCCUCCUUCAUUUGUGGGGAAAACGUGGUCUCAGAUAAUGAGAGAGGAUGACAUGAAAAUUAAUGCUCUUGUGAAAGAAUUUAAGGAAGGUCGUUUCCACUGUUACUUUGAUGAUGACGGUGAGACCAGGAAGAUAAAAAAAAAAAAUUUGAAUGAAGAAAAAAAGAUUACUUGGACUGACGGGAGUCAGGACACUACCGCAAUUCAAGUUUUUUCAGAUUGUGAUGAUAAUGCAGGUGGCGUUUCAGAUACUGAUGACUUUCCAGUGGCCUUAGAUAAAUCUAGCCAUCAUUCUACAGUCAAGAGGCCUUAUUAUGAACAGUCAUGGCGACUGGCUGCUCGAUGUCAGGCUGUAAAAGUCAGCCAUGGAACUCAAACCAAUUUCUCAAAUCAGUCAGACGCACAAGACAGUGGACAGGAGGAUGACUCAACAGGGAAGCGUUCGCUUCAACAGGACAAAAAAACAAAAAAGAAAGUGAAAAUUGGAGCACAUGAAUAUCCUGAAACAUGUACUAAAGUUCUGAAGCCUUUGCAACCCAAUGCCUUAGUCUACGUUAUUUCUUCAAACAUGAAAUUUCAGGACAGUGAAACUGCCAACUUCGCUAAAAAAUACCGCACCCCCAGAAGUCGGGAUGUUAGCAUAGAGUACAAAUACAAACGGAGCCCCUUUAAUUACUAUGACCCACUGAGUAAGGAAAUUGUAAUUGAUCCUCCUCUGAGCUUAGAUGAAUCAGACCCUGACAGAGUUAACUGGCUUCAAGCUAGUCUCAGCGACCUGAGCUCCAGUUCAGGCGAUGAAGACGCUGAAGACUGUGACCCAACAUCCGUUUUGACCAUAAGGGACGAAUUGCUGGCCUAUCCGGGGGCCCCUGUUUCACCUGAGCGAGUGCCACGGCCGGGGACUUCGGGGACCUCGCGGCCGGGGACUUCGGGGACCUCACGGCCGGGGACUUCGGGGACCUCACUGCCGGGGACUUCGGGGACCUCACGGCCGGGGACUUCGGGGACCUCACUGCCGGGAACUUCGGGGACCUCACGGCCGGGGACUUCGGGGACUUCAGGGACUUCGAGCGCUAGCGCAGGCGCAGCUCCAAAGGAAAGUAGUUUCCAGGUAACGGUGGUCCCCAGCGACGCCGCCGGGACCUCUUCGGAAGCAGGUACCGGGAAGUUCUCCGAAGGUAAAAAGAAAAUUCAGAGGAGGGUGACAACGAAUGAGGACAAGCCAGACUUCCCCACGAAGGCUUAUAAACCGAUGAGUCUCCAGGCACAGCCCAGGAUCGCUUCCGAAAGACGGUCCAUUUGGAUUCGGACCAAAGUAAACGAUAUCAUUCGAAAGUAUCUUUCAAAAUACUCUUUCCUGCGUCGCAAGUAUCAGUCCCGGAGCGCGUUUCUCCGACUGCAUCUUAACCAGAAGAAAUGCGACCCCCCCAAGGCGAAGGCGAAGGCGAAGGCGAAGGUGGCGGCGAGGAGCACCACCCACAUGGUUCUGAGGUCGUCGGUUCCGCCGGUGCCCGCGGAUCCUCCGGUGCCCUCGGAUCCGCCGGUGCCCGCGGAAUCGCCGGUUCCUCCGGUCCCGCGGGUUCCCCCGGUUCCCUCGGUCCCCCCGGUUCCGUCGGUCCCCCCGGUUCCCUCGGUCCCGCGAGCUCCGCCGGUGGCGGUGGCGGCGGCGGCGGCGGCGGCAGCAGCGGCCGAGGGACAGUCCCUGACGGCCCCCGGCUCCGGCCCCAAGCCGCCGGGGCUGCGGGGUGCAGGCCGGAGGAGGAAUGGUAAGAGACGCUCUCGGAAGAAGAGAAGACGACGACUCUCCCGACCCGUGAAGAUCUACGCUUUGAGAAGCCUGUACUCCCAGGUGCCCUACUCCGACAGGAUGAGGACUCGGCUGUCAAGCAAGCGAGAGGCCAACGAGACCGCCUAGACGCGCGGAGGCGAGCUGAGCAGUCCGUGCAUCUCUCGAAACACAUUUGUGCGCAUAGCUUUCCCAGCUUCGGUGAAAAAAAAAUUUACCUUCAACUAUUUUGCUACAGACAUUAUUUUUCAGAACUUUUAUAAUUCAUUUAAAAUUCGUGUUUAAGGUCUCUCUCUCUCUUUUUUUUAGAGAUCCAAACGCAUCCUUUGUCCAUUUGCCGUAGAAGAGCUUCACCUUAAUUUACAGCUAUAAUUUAGCAGAGUAUAUAUACACAUUUUUUUCCUCCUUCAAAUCACGUCCCUCUUAUUUAUUUUUUGAUUGUAUCUCAUGUCAGCAGGACAUAAUACUGCAAAAAUGAAUGUGACAAACAUUGAAUGCUAUCUUAUUUUUACUUUUUAAAAAUUGAAACAAAGGAAUAUGUACUUCUGUGCGUUUCAGAGUGGCAUUGUCAAUACCGUAUUCUAACGGGAGAAUUAAAAAACUAGAAUAAGUUAUCUCAGCUUUCCAGUGAGGUUGAUUUAAAUAAUCACCAACAAAAUAGAAUUGAUCUUUCUUUUAAAAGCAUCUAAGAAAAUGAGAUUCCGUAAUCUUUAAUCCAGUUUUUAAAAACUGCCUAAUGAUUUUCUAUACACACAUACAAACUCCUUCUGCUGCCUUUAAAUUGGAUUUGCAAGUUUCUAACUUAUUUGGACACAUGCACAUAUACAGUCUCUGUAGGUUUUUCUUUAGCAUUAUUAGAUCUUAAGGGGAGAAUGAUCUUGCCAGUGUAAUUAUGUUUCCCACCACCUUUAUUCCUUUCCACCUGAAGUACUGGUGGUUUAAUAUGAAAAUCUGGGUUAUCUUCAUGGCCUUAUCUCUUAAAAAUAUUUCAGCCACUAUCCUAUCGUUUUCUGUAAUUAUUGAACUGAAAUUGAGCUAAAAUUACAGCUUUGGUAAUUUGGGCAGACCAUUAAUUGCCCUUAACUAAUUAUUUGUAAUCUUAGUAUUUCGAAAGAUCUAAUAAAACUGAUAACCUACAUGGAGGCCAGUUUUGCAAGGGAAAAACUACAUAUUUGUACAUUCGUUUGGCUUUCCUUAAACUUACUAACGGAUUUUAAUAGUUCAAACAAAAGACGUUAAGAUAAGCAGUUAGGUCUGAGAUACUCAGAACAUGUUUAGAUCCUUUAUUUGGGGACACUGGUUGAGCUGGUACAGACACAUCUAAUUACCCUGUUUAAGACAAGGAUCCUGGAUCCUUUCUAUCACUAAUGUUAAAGGAAACAUGAAUUUCAACUCUCUUGUAUAAACCAUAUCUUAUUGAAACUAGAUCAGUGUACCAUGAUUUCAGAGAUAAAAAUGUGUUACUUUAGACUUAAUGAAAUAUAGUGUAACAGUUGGUGUCUAAAUGUAGUUUUAUUUCAGGGGCCGUUUUUAACCUGUGGGUAUGUUAUGGCGUUCUGUUGUAAUUUCUUUACUUCUAAAUUUAAAACAUAAUUCUGUUGAAAAACAAAUGGGCAAAUGUUUAUAUUUUUAGUUGCAAAGCAACUUCAGCCUUGCCUCAUAUACAAACAUAUUUUAAUUCCCCUCCUUAAAAUGAUACUAUGGGCCACUAGUUUAAAAUACUCCUCCAAUUUUAAUUUAGAAAGAAAACUGUCCUAUUGUUUAGGAAGUAAACAGCAGUUAAUAUGUGAAAAUAUUCUAUUUGUGGAUACUGGUGUCAUCUUUUCCCUAUAAAGUAGACACGGGUAAUUUCCUUAAGUACUCUUCGUAGGCAUUCUGGAUGCUUUAGGCUUAAGUUAAAAAGCAGAUCAUAUGGAAAUAAUGUACUCAAUGAAUAUGUUGUGUCAUAUCUAUUGUGAUUGCAUCACGCGGAGAGGACAGUUCUUAUAAGUGAAAUGAUCAAAACAGUUAAAAAAUUUUACUACUUUUUUCACAUUGGAGACUCUUCUAAAUACCAUUUUUUUGAGAGAAAAAAGGUUUAUAUUGAAAAUUUAUAUUACUAAAAAAUCAAAGUAUAGUACAGUCCUGAUUAUUUUUUUUAACAUUUUGCAAAUGUUUAUAAGUUCCUGUAGUCAUUAUUUUAGACAAGCUUGAAAAAUUGAAAUUGUAAAAAUUAUAAUUUAAAUUAAAGUAGAAAUGAUUUACUUUCAGAAUUUGGUAGGCUACAAGAUGUGCCCCUUUGUCAAAAUAUAUUUUGGCUUAAUUUGCAGUUUAGAUGAAAGAGUUGGAUGUUUUUUGUGUAUUCAGGAGUGCGUUAAAUUCUUUUAAUAGUGAUAAAUCAAGUUAUAACAACAAUGAAUAUUUUAUUAAUCUUGUCCUUGUUCAGUAUCUUGCAUAAAUUUUUAUUAUGAUUGUCCCAAGUUAUACAGUAUGUGGACAAUAUUGUGUGAAGUGUGUUUUGCAUUUGUGCAUUUAAAUUAUUUGUGUAAUUAGGGCUCUGAGUGACACUUUUUGGUAAAGAGAAACUAUAUUUAAAUAUUCAAGCAAGUAUAUAUUUCCAUGUAAAGCUAAUGUGAAGACUAAUGUAUUUUUUAUAAUGCAGUUUAAAGAGUAAAUUUGUUUUCAAAGUUGCCAAGAUAAAAUUUAUCAAAUAUUGAAAUUUGUCUCUACUUUCUCCUCAAGUUAGGAAGUUUUUCUGGGAACACUUAAGGAAUCAGAGAAUAAUGAAAACGAAUUCAUUUUAUAAAUGGUCUUAGAGAUAAUAAAUAAGAGAAUAUAAAUGUUGAUGCUGGUGAGGAAAUAGUUUAACCAAAGAUAUACAGGUAUGUUCAUGGAGUACUUAUUUCAAAGGAUUAAAUUUAACAGCUAUUUGUUUCUCUGGUGGAGUAGUGGGUUAGCAACUUCUCACUUCGUAUACCUGUAUCGAAAGAGUCAAUGAACGGGACUGAGUUCAGGAGGCAGAAGCCACAUCAUUAGUUGACACCUGGUGGGAAGAGAGAACUUUGAUGCCUCCAGUAUCAUAGCGUAUGUUAUAAAGGACAAGAAAACAUGGAAAAGUAUACGUAUGUCACUGAGGUCAGGGCCUUGGGCCUCAAUAGUAAUGGUUUCUGGGUUUUUUGGGUCCAGGAUCAUAUUGCUAAGAUGGAACAACAGCCUACUCUCUGUGAUAAAAAAUUACUAAAGUAAAAAUAUAUGAUGGAUGUCCAUACUCACUAAAGGACUUUUCUAUAUAAUAAAAUGUGGAACAUACUGAAAAAUCAUGUAAUUAGGGAAUUAACACAUCAAAAUGUCAACCUGAGAAGAUGAGAGGCUGAGGAAGAGUCUCGACAUUUCCUUAAACUUUAUUUGCCCCCAAAUAUUGGGAAAUGAGACAGUAAGUUUCCUUUGUUCUUCUUAUACUUUAUACGUGUAUUUAAAAAGUUCUCCCCGAAUAUUUUAAAUAAUUUACCUUGAUUAAGAAAUAGGUCUAGGAUGAACUAUAAUUUGUUGCUGAAUCUUUAAAUAAGUAUGAACUUAUACUUUAUUUACAUUUAUAAUUUAUUAUAUGCAUGUGGUUUUUUUAACAUGCAUUUUAUUUUCUAAGUUUUUAAGCUGGACGUGUGUGUGUGUGUGUGCGCGUGUACAUCUUGAGCCCUUACUUACUAAGUGCCGGGCAUCGUUCUGAGCUUUUAACCUGUAUUAUCUCAUUUGAUCUUCAAAGAGCCCUAUGAGUUAGGUACUGUGAUUGUCACUAAAUAGCUCUAUGCCUCAAUUUUGGGAUUACAAAUGAGUUGUUAUUUACUGUGUUCAGAUGGGGAUUACAGUCCCCAGUGCCAGGACACCACUAAUCUACUGUCUGUAUAGUUUAGCCUUUUCUGGACAUUUUAUGUAAAUGGCAUCAUACAAUAUGUGGUGUUUGUGUCUGGCUCCUUCAUUUACUAUAGUGUGUUUGAGGGUCAUUCAUGUUGUGGCAUGUAUCAGUAUUUUGUUCUAUUUUUAUUGCUGAAUAGUAUUUAUAAUUAGUUUUUAAUGAAGCUGGUAACAGAAUGCUGGUCUCCUGACAAAUAUGAUAAAAGCUGUUAGGCUUGAGGCUAGCUGUUCCUUUAUGGCUCUCAUCCCUGUUACCCUUGAUUAUUACCCCAUUUCCAAGACCAACUGGAUAUCUGCCUUUUUAAGUGCCCUUAUCCCAUACUUGAAUGCUUUAUACUUCUCUGUCUUUGGCUCUUACUCCCUUCAUUGCCCAUCUUGGCAUUCUUCACCGUGCUCUCUGAAUUCUCAUUUUCAUUGUCAACACAUUAUCCUCUGUUUUCUCAAUCUUUUUCACAGUGGAGUGCUUGAAUGUAACAGAACUGAGAAUCACAUCCAAGUUAGCCAUUCUCUUAAUCUCCACAGGCUGGAGAGCCAGGCGGUGUUGGUGAUGGUACUGGUCAUGGUGAACACUCUGCUUUACAAUCACACUUCUCCAUAACCCCAGUACACACCAUCAAAGUCAGGAAAUCAACAUUGAUAAUGGUAUAACUCUAUUCCACAGACCUCAUUUGGAUUUUACAGAUUGUUCUACAGUUCCCUCUAUAGGUCCAGGAUUCUACCCAGGAUCACUCACUGUCAUGACUGUUCAGUUUCCUUCUGUAUGGAGCAGUUCCUCAGCCUUUCUUUGUAUUUAAUAACUUGACAUUUUGAAGUGUACAAACCAGUUUCUUUGUGGAAUGUCCCUCAGUUUGAGUUUGUCUGGUGUUUCUUUAUAGUUAAUGCUUUGCGGGGGUGGGGGUGGGGCAGAAAUUCUGUGGACUUUUCAAUGUAUCCUAAUCGCAGCCAUGUGAUGUCAGUUUGAAUAAAAG